GUUAUUCUUCAUUUGGCAACUUCGAAUCAUUAAAUGGUAAAUAUCGCAAUCGUCAAAGAUUAGUUGCGGUUACACUCGUUAAAAAUAAAAAAGUUUCUUCCUUUCUCUAAUCUAUAUUCUAAAAUGAACCGUGAACAAUGAACUGUGAAUCGUAAACCGUGAACCCUGAACCCUCUUCUCGUGCUCGGAACGUACAUUCGAUGAACAUUGAAAUUUCAAAUGAGUUCUGCACGUUCGUCGGUCGAUCAAAAUAAUCAUUUUCUUUAGUAUCAAAGUACACAAUAUCUCUUGCUGAUAAAAGCGUUGAAAUUUCGUUACGUCGAUUUCAUACAAUGUUUAAUUGUGACUUUAUUUUGUUGUUUGUUAAAGAGAUAAAACGAGAUGCACAUAUAUGUGUGUACAUGUAAGUAAACGUGUAAAUGUAUCUAAAUAUAUUCGCUAAAGACGAGAACGAACGAGCUUGUUAAGAGAUGGAUGUGAGACGUAGCGGUGAUGAUAAUAUAUAUCAAAUAGACAACGAUCAUGAGAUCGUCGAUUCAAUGAUUGAUCAUCGUCAGAAUUCAGAUGAAACCCAGUGUUCUUGGUUGAAACGUGACGUAUGUUUCUAUAUAGAGUUCCAGAAUUUGUCUUACAGCUUGCCGAUCGACAAAGAGAAACGGAAGAAGAUAUUACAAAAUGCAACGGGAUGUUUCGAGCCAGGGAAAUUGACGGCCGUAGUUGGUCCAUCUGGUGCGGGCAAGUCGACUUUGCUGAGCAUAAUAUCUGGUGUUAAAUCGUCCAACGUGAAAGGAUCUAUUAAGAUAAAUGAUCGCGAGAAGAUAGAUGCGAAUAUAUACCGAAAACAAAUCUGUUACAUACCUCAGGAAUUCACGUUGCAUCCUUUAUUGACUACGAAAGAAACUCUCUACAUUGCGGCGCGUCUCAAAUUGGGUCAAGGAUAUUCAACCGUAAAGUUACACUUUAUCGUCAACAAUAUCGUCAAAAGUCUCGGAUUGAUGAAUUGCCUUGACACGGCAGCUGGGAAAUUAAGUGGCGGUGAAAAAAAGAGACUCUUGAUCGGUACAGAGAUCGUUACGAAACCGGCUGUUUUACUUUUGGACGAACCCACGAGCGGACUCGACAGUGUAUCCUCUAAUCAGGUUAUUAAUCUGUUACAUUCGAUGUCGAAAUCAGGAUGUACGGUAGCUUGUGCGGUUCACCAACCCAGUAGUCAAAUGAUUUCUGAAUUUGAUAACAUAAUAGUUAUCGAUCAAGGUAAAACCUUGUAUUGCGGCCCUCGUAAAGAUGUGUUGGACACUUUCAAGGAAGCUGGAUACAUUUCUCCGCGUUUUUAUAAUAUCGUCGAAUUCGUAUUGGAGGUGGUGACUAAUCGAUGUGACGACAAUUUAAAGAAUCUAGAUAAAAUUAAUUCGGUCAAAUAUGUCCAGUGGAAAUCACAAUACGAGUUUUACAAGAACGAAAGGGAUACGAAUAUAUCUUUCAAACGAUUAGAAAUGGACGAAGAAAGUAACUUAGCGAACGAGAAAUUUCGAGAAUUGUCUAUAUGGGAGCAACAAAAGAUUUUAUUGUUACGAUCCUUCAUAUGUAUUAUGCGAGACAACAUUAUGACAAAGCUAAGAUUCGCCGCACACGUAAUUGUUGCACUUUUAUUGGGCUCUAUAUUUUACGAUUUUGGUAACGAUGCAAAUAAAGUAACCAGCAACAUUUCUUGCAUCUUUUUUUUCUUACUCUUUCUAUUCUUCGCUAACUCGUUGCCGGUCGUCCAGAUAUUUCCUACCGAGGCAUCGGUUUUUUAUCGAGAACAUUUAAAUAAUUGGUACAACCUGCUGCCUUAUUAUAUAUCAAAGGUAGUUUCGGAUUUACCGAUACAGUUACUCUGUCCUUCUUCCUUUUUUAUUAUAGCAUAUUAUAUGACUGGUCAACCUAUGGAACGCAAUAGUCUUAUGCAAGCUUGGUUAGUUUGCAUUUUGCAUACUAUUCUCGGGCAAUCGGUUGGAAUAACAGUGGGUGCAGCAUUCGAUACUCAAAUUGGAACAUUUCUCAUUCCUGCAUUGAGCAUUCCGAUGUUUUUAUUCGCGGGUUUCUUUUUAAAACUCAAUGAAAUCGCAUCGUAUUAUCAACCAUUUUGCACGAUCAGUUUCUUCAGAUAUGCUUUCGAAGGUAUCAUGCAAGCCAUUUAUGGUUUCGAUAGAGAACCUUUGCUUUGCGCGGAUAUAUAUUGUCAUUGGCGUUCUCCGAAAGAAAUUCUAUCAACGAUGAACAUGCAAUCCGUAAAAUUUCACGUUAUCGUGAGUGUUAUGCUCGCUUGGAUUUUUUCUUUACACGUCCUUACAUAUUGUACAUUACGAUGGAAACUGCAUUGCAUUAGGAAAUAAUUUUUCUUUUCUCUUACUCCGAUUUUCAACGACCUUAAUGUUUCUUAUUCUUUUUUUGGUGUAAAGAGAGAAAGAGAGGGAGAGAGAGAGAGAGAGAGAGAGAGAGAGAGAAAAAGAUUUAUUUUUACAAUAAAAAACAUCAAUUGUUCUUAAAUAAGAUAUAUUUACGGCAAGUACUGAUUAUUGUAUAUUUGAUAAGUAAAUUCUAUUGGGACUAAAUAUUAUAACUUUGAUAUUUAACUCUACGACUUUAUCUUCUUCGCCUUACACGUAAUUUUUUUUUAUUAGAGUCAUUUUGAAAGGAGUAUCACAUAUUAUCUUACUUAACGCAAUAUAGUUUUUAUCGUAUCAAUUAGUAGUAAAAUUGUUCUGAAUAGUUUUUAAAUAUUAGUAUACGUACUAAAAUAAGACAACUACAUAUAUAUAUUAUAUACAUAUUAAUUAAUAACUUCUGUGCAAGAGAGUAAUUACAUAGUGAUAUCUUUUUUUUUUAAUAGGAAGAAAGUAUAUACGAUUCACAACUUUAUAUUCUAAUAUCGUCCCGUAUACAUAUCUAUUUUUAAAUUAACACAUCGUCAGCUGGCGAUGGAAAAUAUUAUAUGUAGUCGGCGGAAUUUCGUUUUAUCAAAGAAUAUUACUUGUUUAUACAUUCCAUUGAACUGAAUAAAAUGUGCAACAUGAUAGUAUAAAAAUUUAAGUAUAGUUGGAGAAUGUAUAUUUAAAACUAAAGAUAAUAUAAAAAAUCUUGAUUAAUUUAAAAAAUAAAAGGAAAAUAAAAAAUAAUUAGUUUCGUCUGUAAAAGAGUCGAAAAGAGUAGUUGCACAUUAAAGAAAAUUUAUUAUGUAUUUUUUUAAGAGAUGCUAGCGAGUAAAACAUUCACUCCUAUAUGGAGAAAUUUCACAAAAUCUGCGCUUUUUGUAGGAAUAUGUUUUUAUGAUUAUUUUUUUAUUAAUCAUCUAUUCUUCUCCUGGAAUGUUUUCUAAGAAGAUGAACAAAACUGAACAGGCUACAAAACAAUAACAUACUUUAAUUUUCUUAAAUUUUAUCAGAAAUUUCAUUUCUGUACAUAUAUUCAAAACUAAACUUAUCUAAAGAGAAAGAGAAAAAGAGAGGGAGGGUGAGAAAGUCUUAAACGUUAUUUUAUCCUACCGGCUGACAAUGUGUCAAGAUAAAAAUUCUAUAUCCGAUCUUUACUUUUAUUAAACGUAAAAUAAAAAGUUAGUACAAAUUCAUUACAUAAGACAGAUUUCUCAUUGACUUCUGUCCUUAUUCAUAACUUAUUCAUAAUCUUAGUGAUCCUAUUACAGGGUGCUUUUAAGGACACUUUCAAUACUUAAGCACCCACCUUGUAGGCUUCAAGUGAAAUAUUAAUCUGUUAACCGGAGAAAUAGUCGAUCGGUGAAUACGAAUAUAUGACAAAUAUUUGUCAAAAGCACGAAUGAUAAGUAUUUCUAUCACGGAUGAUAAGUAUAACUAAUAUAAUUUUUGUAAUUAGUGAUAUACUUAUUUAUUCUUUUAUGUCCAGAAAAAUAAAAAUUCGUCUUUCACAGUUAACAGGUUAAUAACGUCCUUAUGUUAUUAGCUAUUAAUCAGGUCCAGAUAUCAAACGGUAAUUAAAGUGUAAAAAAAAAAAGAAUAUAUAAAAUAAAUAACUUUUCGCGAAUCAAUCAUUAAAUAAUAAUAAAAGAACA